AUGACAUUGGUAUUUACUGCAACUAUGCUCCAAAUAUUAGCUGCAUCUAGCUGUUCCAAGACAUUGUCUAUUUCACAUUUUGUUUUUAGCUACAGAAGUUAUUAGGGAUGCCUGAUUCUACAAAGGGCAAAAAUGUCCAAUGGUGGGAUUGAUAAAGACAUGAAGAGUUCAUUGUUCUCUUCGCUUUUAGAUUAGAUAAAGGGCAUUUAGUAACAAGUUUUCUUUGAGAUUUGCGAAGACAAGGGAGAGCAGAAAUAACUGGUCUGGAGAGGAAGGUCAUCUUAGAAAUGGAUAGGAGACGCUUUGGUAUCACAGCUGGGCCAGUCAUUUUGCUUGUUCAGGUUUUUGGAGUAACAGCUUGUAUACUGGUGCUUUAUUGGGUUCUCCACUAUGGUGGAGGAUUGGCCUUCCACUCUGAAAAAAAACAGCGUAUAUUCAAUUUGCAUCCAGUUUUCAUGUUUGUUGGCUUCAUUUUUUUAGCCAGCCAAGGUAUUUUAUCUUACAAAAUAGUUCCUGUCAAAAAGGAUAGUCAGAAAUUGGUUCAUUUAAUCCUUCUGGGCCUUGCAAUCAUCCUGGGUGCCAUUGGGAUAUAUGCAGUCUUUAAAUUCCACAAUGAAAGCCAUAUUAAAGAUAUGUAUAGCUUGCAUUCCUGGCUGGGGAUUAGUGUCAUCUCUUUGUUUGGCCUGCAGUGGGUAGUGGGAUUCAUAGCAUUUCUUUACCCCGGCGCAUCAAAGAACAGAAGAGGAAGAAUAGUUCCUUGGCACUUGUUUUUUGGGGUUUUCCUGUAUGCAAUGGCAAUUGCAACAGUAGAGACAGGAAUUCUGGAGAAGCUUACAUUUGAAGAGAUUAAAGGGUUGAAUCGAUUCAGUUCAGAGGCUAUGCUUGUCAACUCUACAGCUAUUAUUAUACUUAUAUUUGCCAUGUUGGUCGUUCUAUCUACCAUUCUACCACGAGGGUAAUUACAAAGCAAAUUUGGAAUUGUAGUAGGCUUCCUUGUUUCGCCAAGGUCGUUCUAUCCACCAUUCUAAGGAUUGGAAUUUAGGUUUUUGAUAUCUUUUUUGUGAACAAAACCACUGUGAAAAAGCAAAUCUCUUGGUAAAUAUAAUAAAAAUGAUCGAAGUCAUAAUAAUAUGUUAGAAAUUUGUUUUA